UGGCGAUUGGCUGUCGCUGGUCGUCGUUCAAGCUCCUCCGGGUAUAUGGUGAAGGUGGGUGGGGCGCUGGGCAUCCCCGGGCGCUGGCAGGAAACCAGCCGGCCUCUAGGGCUGAGAAACUGCGGCCCAUCCUUACGGAAACAAAGCACAAGAUACUGAAGAGUACCUGCUGACUCCCAGCACGCUGCCUCCAGCAGCCCGGAAUACAGACUGACAGCUCUGGGUUUCUUCCUCUUCCUGGAAGGUGAAGGCCAUGUCGCCUCCUGGAAAAGUUGCCCGGAAAGAGAACCUGGGGCUCCAGUGCGAGUGGGGGUCCUGCUCCUUUGUGUGCUCAGCCAUGGAGGAGUUCUUCGAGCACGCCACUCAGCACCUGCAGCAGCACAUGCAUGGCUCUAAGGAGGAAGACGAGGAAGAGGACCCACUUGAGGAAGAAUUCUCCUGCUUGUGGCAGGAAUGUGGCUUUUGCUCUCUGGACAGUUCUGCCGACCUCAUCCGCCAUGUCUACUUCCAUUGCUACCACACCAAGCUGAAGCAGUGGGGGCUGCAAGCCUUGCAAAGCCAGGCUGAUCUCAGCCCCUGCAUCCUGGACUUCCAGAGCCGGAACGUCAUCCCUGACAUCCCUGACCAUUUCCUGUGUCUAUGGGAGCAUUGCGAGAGUACCUUCGACAAUCCUGAGUGGUUCUAUCGGCACGUGGAUGCGCACAGCCUGUGCUGUGACUACCAAGCUAUCAGCAAGGACAACCAUGUGGUGCUGUGUGGUUGGAAAGGCUGUACCUGUACCUUUAAGGACCGGUGUAAGCUUCGAGAACACCUCCGCAGCCACACCCAGGAGAAGGUGGUGGCUUGUCCCACCUGUGGGGGCAUGUUUGCCAACAACACCAAGUUUUUAGAUCACAUCCGGCGCCAGACCUCAUUGGAUCAGCAGCGCUUCCAGUGUUCCCACUGUUCCAAGAGAUUUGCCACAGAGAGGCUGUUGCGAGACCACAUGCGGAACCAUGUGAAUCACUAUAAAUGUCCUUUGUGUGACAUGACCUGCCCACUGCCUUCCUCUCUCCGUAAUCAUAUGCGCUUUCGACACAGUGAAGACCGGCCCUUUAAAUGUGACUGUUGUGACUACAGUUGCAAGAAUCUGAUUGACCUCCGGAAGCACCUGGACACCCACAGCAAGGAGUCCGCCUACCGGUGUGACUUUGAGAACUGCAGCUUCAGUGCUCGAUCGCUCAGCUCUGUCAAGUCCCAUCACCGCAAAGUGCAUGAGGGAGACUCAGAGCCAAGGUACAAGUGCCAUGUCUGUGACAAAUGCUUCACACGUGGCAACAACCUCACCGUGCACCUUCGCAAGAAGCACCAGUUCAAGUGGCCCUCGGGACACCCUCGUUUUCGGUACAAGGAGCAUGAAGAUGGCUACAUGCGGCUACAGCUGGUUCGCUACGAGAGUGUGGAGCUGACACAGCAAUUGCUGCAGCAGCUACAAGAAGGAUCAGAUCCAGAAUUGGCACUGAAUGAGAGCAGCCUGCAGGGCAUCGUUCUAGAAACAGUGCUGGGGGCGCCAGGACCUGAGGAAGAGAUGGAGGAGGGAGGUGGGGUUGUUGAGGGGACAGCCCUCUCAGCUUCUCAGGGCAACCCCACUCAUAUGGUCAGUCAGCCAGACACUCAAGGCCAGCGGGACAUUGUCUACUAUGUGCUGUCUGAAGCUCCCAGAGGGUCCCCGCCAGUCUCUGAAGCACCUUCAAGAGAAAUGGAAAAGCUUCAAGGGAUACCUGAGGAUCCCGGGGUCCAGAUGGGCUGAGCCUGCAGAGCCUGACCAUUCCUACUCGAGGUCUUGGAGUUGGAGCCAGGCAGG